AUGAGUCCAGCAACGUCCUACACUCUACGUCCGCUGGAGCGUAAUCCGCCUAGCAUACCCGGCAAUGCGCUCGAGGGUGGCGCUUUCCGUGUGCAUCUAUCGCAAAAAGAAUUAAAAGCGCUGGGACUUGUCAACGGUGACUGCAUUCGACUAAGUACAGCUGCUGGUUUCAAAGGUCACGGAGUAGCUUGGCUAGCCUCUCAGACGAACCCUGGAAACAAGCCAAUUGCCAAGGUGACUGACCUUCUGCGAGAGCAAUACAAUCUUUCUCUCAACGAUCCUGUUUUCAUCGAAAAGGUCGACUCCUGGAAGCCUCUCAAAUCCAUAGAGAUCGAUCUUGCGGAUGCUCAAAAUCAGAUCGCCAAAUUCAGCUCAAAUGAACAACUUCUGUACUGGCUGCGACAUACUUUAGUCGACUCCGACAUUAUUCUCCCAGGAUGCAGCUUUCCAGUCCAGCAGAAAAGCUUCAAGCAGAAGAGCCACAAGAUGCGCGUCACUGUGCAAAACAUUGACCCGCAUCCGACUGAAAAGCACGCAGUGUAUUUCGAUGAGCUCAUCACUCAAGUCACCACCACUGGUGGCGUUCCCAUUCAGCAAGCACCGAGAGCUCCUACACAAAACUUUCAAGUAAGGUUCGAUGGGAUUGGCGGCCUCUCUAGCCACUUUGCUACCAUAAAUAAACGCCUCUCUUAUCUCACGAAAACCCUGCCUCAUCAACGCGACCUACGCCUGUGUGGACCUACUUCUUUCCUACUACAUGGCCCUGAGGGAACUGGCAAAAGUCUUCUGCUCGAGCGACUAGCGGAAUGCCCAUGGCAGGAAGUGUACCGCAUAGAUCCGGAUACGCAACCAAAGGCACAAGCAAAGGCAAUAUCCGAAGCUUUUGAGGACGCUCGUGAAAACCAACCGAGCUUGAUCCUCAUGGACAAUCUUGAUAGGUUCCUCGACAAGGCUGAUACACUUGUGAACAAACUGCGGACCGAACUAGCAAAGUUGGGUGGCAGCCAAGUAGUUGUCGCGGCAGCAGCACGCAGCAUAUACGACAUUGAUACUAGCCUUCGGUCACCGUCAGCUUUUAAGACAAAGCUCGAACUCUUUCCACCUAAUGCUAAACAGAGAGAAGAUAUUCUAAGACAGAUCUUGGGCACUACUAGCAGACUUGGUGACCUUGACUUCACGGCGCUAGCAGAACGCACCCAUGGCUUCGUCGGGCGCGACAUUCACGAUUUAUGUCUUCUCGCAAGAGACCAACGAGAACAGCAGAUAGACGAGUCGAUAAGCGAAGAGGAGAAAACCACAUUUGGCGAGAAACUUGAGCAGACAGACUACGUGCGUCAAGAGGACUUUGAUGCUGUAUUUGGCGAGGUACAACCGACGGUAUUGAAGGACAGCAUUCUCGAAGUUCCAAAGGUCAGAUGGACAGAUAUAGCUGGUUUGGAUCACGUCCGCGCCGUGCUUGAAGCCAUCACUAUUCGUCCUUUCAAGUAUCCCGACCUCGACGUCAAAUUUGGUGGACCUCAGUCUCGCAAAGGUGUCCUGCUCUACGGUCCACCUGGUUGCGCAAAGACUUUGAUCGCGCAAGCCGUCGCAACAGAAAGCAAACAAAACUUUCUUGCAGUGAAAGGCUCCGAACUCAUCAAGAUGUACGUUGGAGAAUCUGAGCGAGCUAUUCGCGACGUGUUCCGCAGAGCACGCGCAGCGAAACCUUGCAUCAUCUUCUUCGACGAAAUCGACUCCAUUGGUAAAUCGCGUGAGAAGACGCAGGAUAGCGGCCUGAACGUCGUUACAACGCUAUUGAAUGAAAUGGAUGGUAUCGAGGCACUGAAAGAUGUCUUCAUCAUUGGUGCUACCAAUCGACCUGACAUUCUCGACUCGGCGCUCAUCCGUACUGGCCGUUUUGAUGCGCAUAUUCACAUCGGCCUCCCAACCGAGGAAGCGCGAAAGCAGAUCCUGCAGAUUCACACGCGAAAGAGGCCGCUCGCAGAAGACGUUGAUCUAGACGUUGUUGCUAAGAGGACUGAAGGGAGCAGUGGAGCAGAUCUCAGUGGGUUGUGCGCUGUUGCUAUCGAGUUGGCGAUUACAGAGUAUACAGAGGAUCCGAGCCGUGAGGCAAAAGUGCAUAUGCGGCACUUUGAGCAGGCGUUACAGCAGCACGUUCCACAUACCAUUGCAGCGGAAGCAGAACGGUAUAAGAACUGGCGACCAGGCAAGUCGUUAUCGGAGGACUAG